AGAGGGAGUGCAACCCCGUCCAGGGCAAGGCUCAAGGCACCUACCCAGGAGCUUGAAUCACCCACCAACAGGACCUCCAUCUUAUCUGGAUUGAGCUUCAGUUUAUUGGCCCUUUAGUCUUAGACUGAACCAGACAAAACAAGGCACCAACUAGCUUAGUUUAAGUUCAAACCUAGAGUACUGUAGGCAUAAGAUAGAAUUCUUGUCUCCUUUAAGAAUGAAGUAGUAUGUACAAGAAAGCGUUUUCCAAAUUUUUAAGGUAUUUUAUGCAGCAAUCUUAUGCCCACUAUUUGGGAUUCAACCUCAUUGAAAUCAGUGGACCUCUUGUCUGAAGAGACAACUAUAGGAUCACAUUGUUAAUAAUUUUAGUGCCUAAGUUUGUUUAUUUUGGUCCCAGUGACAUGGGUUUAACUUUCAUUUCUGCUGUUAAUUUCAAAUGUGUUAAUUGCAUCAGUUUAUAGUUGUAUAUUGCUGAAUGUUUUAGUUGAAUUUUGGUUGUAUUUGUUACUUUUCAACAUCCAGAUAAAUGCAUUUAUAAGGUACUUAAUAAAUAACUUAACCAACAAGACUGACAAUCAGACAAUUGUAAUUGCUUUGGUAGCGCACUGAAAAGGGACCAGAUCAAUUGUAGAGCCAGUGUGGUGUAGUGGUUAAGAGCGUGGGACUGGGACUCAGGCGACCUGGGUUCUAGUCUCUGCUCAGCCAUGGAGCCAACUGGGUGACUUUGGGCCAGUCACAGACUCUCAGCCCAACCUACCUCACAGGGUUGUUGUGAGGAUAAGAUGGAGGAGGAGAAUGAUGUAAGCUGCCUUGAGCCCUUUGUAGGAAAAAGGCAGGAUACAAAUAAAAUAAAUAAUAAAAAAUCAGUGGUAAGAAGUAGAAUUCCUUGUUGAUAUCGCCUGUGACUAUUUUAUAGGGAUGCGGUGGCACAGUGGAUUCAACUGCUGAGCCGCUGAGCUGGUUGAUGGAAAGGUCGACAGUUUGCAUGUGCAGAUGGGGUGAGCUCCCGUAUUCGGUCCCAGCUCCUUCCAGCCUUGCAGUUCAAAAGCAUGCAAAUGCAAUUAGAUAUUUUACCACGUGACAUCUCCUCUAGGAGCCUUCUAUGCUGGUAUCACUUGUGUGUUUCCGCCAUAUCUGAGCAAUCAAUAAUUUUUCCCCAAAGAUAUGAGAACUUAAUGGACCCAAACAUGAAGAAAAUAUAGCACAGAAGUAAUUGGCGUGAACUUGGCCAAGGCCAGAUAAAUGCACGUUCAAGCACCAGUGCUUGCUUUUCACCUAAGAAACUCUUGUAUAUCUUCUGCUUUAAUCUUUUUAAACUUUGUUUGAUGGGAGCUAUUUGUUUGCAGGACCAUUUAAAUUUAGUAUGAUAGAAUAGACUGUAGGUGGGUAAAAAGAACAAAAGAAGCUCUUUAAUGGCAUUUUAGUCCAAUUGGUUUUAUUCUGAUAAGACAUGAUUUUUUUGCCGUUCUUUUUCUUGUGUGUUAAGAGGAAUAUUACUUCCUGGAUGUAAGAUACCAAAAGGAGAAUUCAGAUUUGUGAUUAGGAAUAUUUUUUGCCUUGUUUUUAUACACUUCAUUACAGAGUGUACAGACUUUAGAGCUUUUGAGUUGAUUGCACAUUUCAUCUUCUCCUUGACUGAGCAUUUUGUGUUCAGAAUGGUUUUAGACAGGGUACAGUUGUACAGCAUUUGACUAUUAUUUUUGGGUUUGCAUUCCUUUCAGAUUGAGUAUACCGUUUCUAGGGCUUCUGCCUAACCUUUUCAUGCACUAGUAACUAAAAAUAAACUGAGGAGAAUUUUCUAAAAGCUGUUCUACAAAUCUUAAAAACCUGUUAGGUCCAAGAUCACAUUCAGUGUUAGAGAUCAUAUAUAGUUGACGAAAAAGCAGAAAGAGUCAGGAGAAAGGCUGAAACAUUACCAGAUGAGAAAGCUAAAAGAGAGCCAGAACAUACAUGCACAGUACUGAAAAGCAGCGUGGCACCCAGGACUGGGUUUUUGUACUCAUUGGAAGCAACAGUGAAAUUUUCAAGGACUGUUACAAGCUGAGUGUGUGGGAUUGGCAGAGCCUCAGUACAUCUGAUGCGGGCCACAGACUUCCUGGAUCGGAAAGAGACAUGAGUGCUGUGUUUGGCCAUCCUGAAGGGUGAUUAGCUUAAGUAGCAGGCAGUGCUGUUAUAGCACUUAAAACAGGAGCAGAAGAGCUCACCUUCACUUACUUGCCCCUCCUAUUCAGUGAAGUUGUCAGCUCCCUGGUUCAGUAAACAAGAGUGAGCCUUUACCCAAGAGUCACAGGGAGCUGCAUGUUCAUUCUAGAAUGCAUUAGAGCAGGGACUGGCACCAUGGUACUUCCAAAUACUUUGGGCUUCAGCUUCUGUAAUCCCUGAGCACUGGCCAUGCUGGCUGAGACUUCUAGGGCUUGUGGUCCAAAACAUCUGGAGAGUUCCUGUCUCAUUCCUUGGCCUUCACCUGUGGCCCAAAAGGAGAUGGCGACAAUGAGGAUACAAGCCACACAAGGCAUAUCCCAUAGAUUGCAAGAAUCAUGCUCCUUGAAACCUGAAUAUGUUCUGGCUGCAGCAGUUCAAGACGUAGCAUUUCUCAACUAAUUAGAAACUUGUAUUUAGCAAGACACAAAUCAGCCUUUUCAUUAGCAUAAAACAUUCAGUAUAAAAACAUAAAGCUACAUUGCAGUGGAAAGUUAUUUGUUGCUCUGUGGUGUUGCUCAUGGUACUUUAAUUGGUAUUUUCAUUUGCAUGCUAUUUUUUGAGAAGGUACACAACACAAGAUGAUGUUUAAAUACUUGGGUGAAUGCUUCAUAGUCUUCAAUUCUGACCAUAAACAGCUUUCUUAAAUAUCUACCAGAGAAUAGAAAUAAAAAGUAGAAAAAAGAUUAUUGUAGAUGAACAAGUAUUGCCUUAAAGAUAGCUUUUAAACUCUUCAUUCUUUUUGCAUUUCUGUUGUAAAGUGAUUCCAGAAACAUUAGAUAGAGGGGGCUGCAGAGCUGUGGUCAUAUUACUGGCUAGGAGCAACUAUAUGUAGAUAUUAAAAUAGAGGGAUUUCAAUUCUUUUAUCUUUUUAAUAUAAGAUGAUGUUUGGUCUUUUCAAGCCAUUGCACCACUUUGGAGCUGACUCAAAGAUUCAGUACUGGUCUAGUUCAACGUAGAAGUCACAGAUUGAAAUCCCAGUUUUGCUGUGAACUUGCAGCCAUUUUUAUCUCCUCUGAACUCUGGGGCUAAAAUGUGUGAAAAAUGACUAUAUGCUUGAAAUAGCAGACCAGGUAGAUCCGGAAAUAGCCCUGAAGCUAGGUUGCCUUGAAAUCCGGAGAUCAUACUGGGAGAUGCGAGGCAAUGCCUUAGAAAAGAAGUCAAACUAUGAAGUGCUAGAGAAAGAUGUUGGUUUAAAAAGAUUCUUUCCGAAGAGUUUGCUGGAUUCGGUAAAGGCCAAAAACCUACGAAAAAUGAUCCAGCAAACAUUUCGACAAUUUGCCAACCUCAACAGGGAAGAAAGUAUUUUGAAAUUCUUUGAGAUCCUCUCACCAGUGUACAGAUUUGACAAGGAAUGCUUCAAGUGUGCCCUUGGGUCAAGCUGGAUUAUUUCAGUGGAACUGGCUAUUGGUCCGGAGGAAGGAAUCAGCUACCUUACAGACAAAGGUUCCAAUCCCACCCACUUGGCUGAUUUCCAUCAAGUACAGACUAUUCAGUAUUCAAUAAGUGAAGAUAAGGAUAGGAAAGGAGUGCUACAAAUGAAAAUCGCUGGUGCACCAGAGCCUCUGACAGUGACAGCACCGUCCUUAACCAUUGCAGAGAACAUGGCUGACUUGAUCGAUGGUUAUUGCAGGCUGGUCAAUGGUGCGACACAAUCUUUUAUCAUUAGGCCUCAGAAAGAAGGUGAAAGAGCUUUACCAUCCAUACCAAAGCUGGCUAACAGUGAGAAGCAAGGAAUUCGAUCACAUACUGUCUCUGUAUCAGAUGAAAUUAGUGGGGACGAAACUGAUGAUUAUGCAGAGAUUAUAGAUGAAGAAGAUACUUACACCAUGCCUUCAACCAGGGAUUACGAAAUUCAGAGAGAACGGAUUGAACUGGGACGCUGCAUUGGCGAAGGGCAGUUUGGAGACGUUCACCAAGGAGUUUACGUGACCCCAGAAAACCCCGCCUUGGCAGUAGCAAUCAAAACAUGUAAAAACUGUACCUCAGACAGCGUGAGAGAAAAAUUCUUACAAGAAGCCUUAACUAUGCGUCAGUUUGAUCACCCCCACAUUGUCAAGUUGAUCGGCGUUAUCACAGAAAACCCCGUCUGGAUCAUUAUGGAGCUCUGUACACUAGGAGAGUUGAGGUCAUUUUUACAAGUAAGAAAAUACAGCUUGGAUCUGGCAUCUUUGAUACUGUAUGCAUACCAACUCAGCACCGCACUUGCCUACUUAGAGAGCAAGCGAUUUGUACAUAGGGAUAUUGCUGCUAGAAAUGUGCUGGUGUCUUCUACAGACUGCGUAAAACUAGGCGAUUUUGGUUUGUCUCGAUACAUGGAAGAUAGUACAUACUAUAAAGCUUCUAAAGGAAAAUUGCCCAUCAAGUGGAUGGCCCCAGAGUCCAUCAACUUCCGACGAUUUACCUCAGCCAGCGACGUCUGGAUGUUUGGUGUGUGUAUGUGGGAAAUUUUAAUGCAUGGUAUAAAGCCCUUUCAAGGUGUGAAGAACAAUGAUGUAAUUGGCCGCAUUGAGAAUGGUGAGCGGUUACCAAUGCCUCCAAACUGCCCUCCGACUCUGUACAGUCUUAUGACCAAAUGCUGGGCGUAUGACCCAAGCAGACGACCAAGAUUUACAGAACUUAAAGCUCAACUCAAUACAAUAUUGGAGGAAGAGAAGCUGCAGCAGGAGGAACGAAUGAGAAUGGAAUCAAGACGGCAAGUUACGGUGUCCUGGGAUUCAGGCGGAUCCGAUGAGGCUCCUCCCAAGCCCAGCAGACCUGGCUAUCCCAGUCCAAGAUCCAGUGAAGGAUUUUAUCCAAGUCCGCAGCAUAUGGUACAGCCCAAUCAUUACCAGGUCUCAGGCUAUCCCAGCUCCCAUGGGAUCCCAGCCAUGGCGGGCAGCGUUUAUCCAGGUCAGGCCUCUCUCUUGGAUCAGACAGAUUCCUGGAACCAUCGGCCUCAAGAAAUAUCCAUGUGGCAACCCAGUGUGGAGCAGGACCCGGGCAGCCUGGAUCUGCGAGGGAUGGGUCAAGUUCUACCAGCACAUCUAAUGGAAGAGAGAUUGAUACGACAGCAGCAAGAAAUGGAGGAAGACCAACGAUGGCUGGAGAAGGAAGAACGAUUCUUGAAACCUGAUGUGAGGCUCUCCAGAGGGAGCAUUGAUCGAGACGAUGGGAGUCUCCAGGGUCCGGCGUCUAAUCAGCAUAUUUAUCAGCCUGUGGGUAAACCAGACCACUCGGCCCCACCAAAGAAACCACCUCGUCCAGGAGCUCCCAGCCACCUGGGCAGCCUUGCCAGCCUGAACAGCCCUGUGGACAGCUACAACGAAGGGGUUAAGCCAUGGCGGAUUCAGCCACAAGAGAUCAGCCCUCCUCCGACAGCCAACUUGGAUCGCUCCAACGACAAGGUGUAUGAGAACGUCACAGGCCUGGUGAAAGCUGUCAUCGAGAUGUCCAGCAAGAUCCAGCCAGCACCACCAGAGGAGUAUGUCCCCAUGGUCAAGGAGGUUGGUUUGGCACUACGAACUUUACUAGCAACGGUAGAUGAGACCAUCCCGGUAUUCCCAGCAAGCACUCAUAGAGAGAUUGAGAUGGCCCAGAAACUCUUGAACUCUGACCUUGCUGAACUGAUAAACAAGAUGAAGCUGGCACAGCAGUAUGUUAUGACUAGCCUGCAGCAAGAAUACAAGAAGCAGAUGCUCACAGCAGCUCAUGCUCUUGCUGUGGAUGCCAAAAACUUGCUGGAUGUUAUUGACCAGGCCAGGCUAAAAUCUAUUGGGCAGUCCAGGCCCCACUAGAUGCAGGGAGAGGAUGGCAUUUGUAUUGUACAGCUUGGAGAGUAUUGCUCACUUGAUAAACAUUUAGCCUUCCAGCCGAAAUGAGAACGGACCUGGUUUGGUCGUGGAUAUCCCGCUUAACCAAGAGACAGCUGUUAGUUCUCUCUCCUAUCUUCAGGCAUUUUUUAAAAUGGUCAACAGCACCAAGAAAGAUGAGGUUCAGACCAUGGUGACUUUGAUGGAACUCUGUACAGAAUCCCUCCCAGCAGAAAUAUUUGAAAUGUUUCGCAUCAUGCAUAAUGUGGAUCUCCUCAAAGUUGAGAGACUUCUGAUGAAAGUCUUUGGCAAAUGAUGUAUCCAAACCGCAGGACUGAGAUAUUGUGAAGAAUUCUGGGAAACCCCAGGGCUGAGAAUUCUUGAUCACAAUGUAAGAACUGCCCAGACUGGAAUACUUUUUUUAUUAGGACACUUAAUGCCGCAAAAUGCUAAUCACAAUUUACAGAGAAAAAUUUAAAAAGCUAUAUUUUCAAAACGUCUCAUUUCAAAACAAGCUAGUCUUCAUGUUUUCCCUACCCCUCUCUGUGGAUGUAUGUGAACCAUUGGAGCAGAAAGUAGUUGUAGACCACAACAGAAUUUGCCUUUUUCACCAGAAUAACGCGCCAGUUUUUUGUAGCAGUCGUUUUCCUUGAAAGUGAAAAAGAAGCUGCUUUCGACCAGAGCAACUCAAGAGCUGCAUUUAGAAGAAACAAGUUCUGUAACCAUACAUGUUCCCCAUUUUUAUAUAAUUUAUAAAGAUUAAAGCCAUGAUGAAUAUUUUAAA